CUCGGCGCGGAGCGGCGUCGUGACGUCUGUGAGAGGGCGUCCAGCUGCGCGACUGACGUAACGAAGAGCGCGACGGAGCCAAGGGAGCAGGAGAGGGAGAGCGGAGCCAUGACGGUAUCUAGAAAGGAUGCAAGAUAACACUCAAAGAAGGCAGCCACUGUGAGAAGACUCAUCUCAAGCGUGACGGAUCAUCCCCCCGACCCAAGAGCAGCUCUGUUCCAGUCGGAGGAUGGACUUCAGAGGGAGGAGAGUGAAGCCUCUGUCGGCCGAAGCGUGGUUCCUUGAACAGGAGGGAUAUGGUGGUUCAGACCUGGCCGGGGGCAAGCUGCAGAAAGAUGGGAGCUACUCCUUGGCCAACCACACCACCUGGAACAACGUGUCGAAGAAGAGCAAGGCCGCCUUUGAAGAACCGCCCGAGAGCUGUGCGAGCAGCUGGGGCGUGCUGUCUGGUUGGGAGGUUGCAGACUGCAGCGGUCCGGGUGACAGGGCCACCGGUACUUGGGCUGGCUCCAAGCAGGUGGGGAACAAUUGCAGCUUUGUCGGCCCCCCUGCCAGCUGCGGCCGCUACGCUCCGACGGGAGGCGCGGCUCAGCGAGAGAUGCAGCACAGGAGCCGAAGUGGGCACGGGACGGAGUCUGGCACAAAGACCUGCCGCCAGCUGAGACGCAGGCGGUUUCAGAAGAGGCGCAAGCUGGUGCAGGCGCUGCACAUGCUGCUGUACCACCGCAUCUCCCCCCUGACCUUCCACUGGCGGAUCUGGAGCUUGUUCUCUGGGCGGAGGCGAUCUGCUCGGCCUCGAGCCGCCCGGCACAGCCUGCCCCAUUCCCAACGGCUGGUGGGUGAAGCAUUGGAAGGGGGAGGGAGCGACCCGCCGCAGGAGUGCCGUCCCAAGUACCUUGAGGCCGGAGAGCUGUUCCGGACUGACGUGUCCAGCUUGGGCCCCGGUGUCUGCAGUCCUUUUGUGGAGGGCCACAGAGACGCCCACCUGCUGGAGGGAAGCAACAACCUGUGGCCGAAGCCGGCAGGCAGGAGUCCCAGUGCCAGGCUGCAGGGUCCGCCUGUCGCCAAUUGCCAACCCUUGCCCGUGGACUACAGGCUCCUAACUCAAGCGAGCCCCUUUGAGAAAGUCGGCGAUCCACCUGCGGGGUCCGUCCUGCUCAGAGGGGGUAUUUCCGCCGACUUUCCGGAGGCGCCAAAGGAAGGCCCGAGCACCUUUGUGCCGACCGGUCACCGCGGACUUUCGGGAGCUAGCCGGGCGCCUGGGGGCGCGGACCAGGGGGAGAGCACGAGGCUGCUGGGCAGGGUGAAUGUGGACCGGGAUCACCUGUUGUACACCCGCUUCGUGGCUCGGCAGAAGGACACUCUUCAACUCUGCCAAGCCGACGCCAGUGGAGACACCCUGACCCUUAAUUCCGUCGGCAUUGGCACUCAAGAGCAGGCAAGAGGGAUCACGUUGAACCGGGCAAAGGCAGCCGAAGUGGGGAGCUUCAGCCGGGCACCAGUCUCUGGCAUUGGAGAUACACUCGAAGUGAAUGGGCACCCACUGAGUGACCCAGACGAAGUUCCCCGGUCAGAGGGCAGCGAUCCACGGCAGCGUGUGGCUGGUGAAGACGCCAUUGUCAUCAGCCACGUGUGCAGCAUUGGGUCCCAGAUGGCCGAGCAGCUGUUUGGCGGAGAGGAGGACAGCAGGGAGGGCAGCUCGGCAAGCGUCAGCAAGCACAAGCGGGUGUCUGACGGCCAAGCCAGCGGAGCUGGGGAUUCAGAGACCGAGGGAGCUGCUGCUGAGCAGCCGAAGAGCGGGGACAAACCUGGUGCAAAUCACGUGUCGGCAAUGAGUGACGAGCACAUCGCUUGCAUUCACGGCCUCCUGGAUGAGUAUAUCCAAGCAUACGGCAGCCUAAUCCCCCUGAACACUGACGAGGUCAUUGAAAAGCUGCAGGAUGUCUUUGAAGAAGACUUUGGAACUCCGCACAGGAAGAGUAUGAUUCACCAUGUGAUGCAGUCUUACCACCGGAUGGUUGGGAAUAAUGCCGUCCGCAACUUCCGUGUAACCUACAAGAGGCACGUGCUGACCAUGGACGAUCUCUCUACUUUGUAUGGACAAAACUGGCUUAAUGACCAGGUCAUGAAUAUGUAUGGAGAUCUCGUUAUGGACACUGUCCCUGACAAAGUUCACUUCUUCAACAGCUUCUUUUAUGACAAGCUCAGAACAAAGGGAUAUGACGGAGUGAAAAGAUGGACCAAAAAUGUUGACAUCUUCAACAAGGAUCUGCUCUUGAUCCCGAUUCACCUGGAGGUCCACUGGUCCCUGAUCUCUGUUGAUGUGCGUCAAAAGACGAUAACAUACUUUGACUCCCAGCGCACCCUGAACAGGAGGUGCCCCAAGCACAUUGGAAAGUACCUGCAGGCAGAAGCUAUGAAGAAGAACAGACAUGACUUCUAUGAUGACUGGAAGGGAUAUUUUAAAAUGAACGUCGCGAGGCAAAACAACGACAGUGAUUGUGGAGCCUUUGUACUGCAGUUCUGUAAAUGCCUGGCUCUGGGACAGCCGUUCAGCUUCACCCAGCAGGACAUGCCCAAGCUCCGACGGCAGAUCUACAAGGAACUCUGCAACUGCAAGCUCGCUGUGUGAGGAGCCUGCUCCCAGAGGGUGGCCAAGGCAAGCCCGGCAUUGGGUGAUCAACCAAUCAGAUGCACCCUUUUGUGAACAUUACAAAGAUGAUGCAAGAUAAGAGGCUUGGUUAAAUAAUCCCCGUCUUCAAAUGUGUUGAAACAUGAAAAUGUUUUUCUCCUUUUUUUAAAAAAAUCUUUUUUUCUAUGCCAUAUUUUUUCAGUUAUUUAAGUGUUGUUCAAUUUUGAGGUUCCGGUUAGCUGUGUUGUACUCUCACAUCCGGAUUACGGGACAAAAAAGGCAGCAAUGGCUAGACGUGAAGGUGUUUGGUCAGUUGGCAUUGUCAAGGCUGCCCGAUUGAGCUUGCAGACUAGGGCAGAAAGCAACCUGUGGGGGCAGAACUUCCAUGCGGACAAUCUGUUUCAGUUCGAGGCUUGUUUUCCUUGAAUUGUGGCUGCAGUGGAUGUGGAGUGAGCACGGUACUGGCCACCUUGUGACGAUUACUGAGCUGCUCACCUGCCACGGGCUUGGGGAAAGAAAGAGAAAGUUCACUUGGUUACAUGAGGUUUACAAGAAGAAAAUUGCAUUCAGUGACCUCUGGGUAAAUGUGAUUGCGGUGGUUACUCACUGUCCACCAGAUUCACUGAAGACAUUGUUUGGUGUUCUAUUUCAUAUAUUUUUGUGUUUAUAUUUUUUUUACAAGCUGGGACUUAAUAUGUGACCAAAAUGUUUUGAAAGGAGAAGGGAAAGCACGUCACCCCAACACUCGAGUACCUCACUGUCCCGGCAGUGCAGUUGUGACCUUCUCACCAGACAUCUCUCUGUGAGAGGUCCUGCUGUUCACUGGUAGCAUGUGAGUGAUCAUUUCUCUCUGGACUGUGUAGAGAAAGGGGGGUGCAGCUGGGUAGGCAAGAGGCAAUGGAUGAUUGGUUCUGGUUUCAGUGGAAUACUUUUCCUCAAGAACUUCUGUAUAAAUGGCGUGAACUGGAUUACCUUCUGUCUGUUUCCCUGUCUUAUACUGCUCAGUAGGUACCAUGGGUUUAAGGAUUUUUUUUCUUUUAUUUAAAGUUCCUAGUGGGAAUUCAAAAUUGAUCCGUGGCAUUUGGGCUGCGUUUUGAGUAGUCCCCGAUACACUAAUUGAUGUUUUCUGUGUAUAAAUACAAGUAGCUGAAAACAUUUUCCGAGAUUACUUCUUUAAGCUGUGGUAUGAAGUGUAUUUUACUGGUGCCAUCCCUGUUAAUCUAAACAGCUGCCUCACAAAGUACCCUCUCAUUCACCUGUGACAUCUGUGACCUACAAAGUGCUACACUGAAGUUGCUUUGUUCACCCUCUGAUCCCCUGGGUUUCCGAUUCACAUGCAGCUCAGAUUGAGAGCACGUGGACUCUUCUAUCAUCUGGCUGUAAAUUAAAGCAGAGCAAGGCCAAGGAUAAGCCUGACUUCAUAUCAUAACUUGCGAUUAAAGUAAGGGACAGUCCAAGCUGGGGACUUUGGGGCAGGGUUAAAGGAGCUUUACUUGAUCUCAGUCCAUGGUGUACCUGAGCUGAGUGCCUGACGUUGGCAGUGGAGCCCACUGCUCCUCCGUACUGCCGUGUCCCUUUCUCAGUUCAUGCUGCAGAAGAAGUGUCUGUCGCAUUUGCCGGUUGUUUGCUAUCCAGCUGAAGUUCUGUAGUUGUAUUUUCUGGUUCCCCUUUGGUACCUCACUUGGCAGUUUUGUGGAAAUGGGGUUGCAGGGUGCUGGCAUGAAGCUGAGCUUAAGUUCCAGAGAUGGGAAGGUGAUGGCAGUAAGAUUCUAAACAGAAAGGCUUCUGUUUUAAGUUGCUCUGUUUUGGAGAGGGGGAGGUUACACCCUAUUUGUGCCAAGACUUCCUGAGAUUCGUAUCCUUCAACAAUUUUUCAGUAACAACCUAUUAAUAAAACAGUUCUUGACCCAAAAGAGGAAGAAUCCACCAGUAAGUACUGUGCAGUCAGCGAGCUGAACCUUUGAGAAGCCCAAGUAUUUCUGGAACAUACACAAUCUGUCAGCUUCAGCCUGAGAAUGGUGGUAUUGUGGCUGAGGAGAGGAGCACAAGUGGGAUUGAUGGAAACUUGGACACCAGCUUUCUUUGUUACAAUGUAUGGAAGGGACAGGAGCUCUGCCUCUGCAGUACAGGUUUUAUUUUAAGGUGUCUGUAACUCUGGGGCUGAAACCUACUGUGAUCAAGUUGUUCUGCCUUAAUCAUCCCAGUGCAAACAAACUAGCAGCAGUUUGCAGCCAGAGGAGUUGAUGUAAAGCUGCUUUCUGUCGUUCUUCCUCCCCAUCCUUUGCCUUGGAAGCAGAUGGAAUUUGUACAGCAUCUCAGAAUUCUUGCAAAGACUUUUCUAGAAAGUUUGCUGAUUGUUCUUCUUUGGAUAAACCCAUUUACAUGGGCACAACGGAAUCCAUGACGUUGAAUGGUCCAGUUAAUGCAGGAUCAUUUUGCUGUGUACCUGCUUCCUCCCUCUAAUCUCACCACUGAGGCCCAGACCUGUGAGGUGAUACCCACACACCAUAUUGCUGGAGAUCUUCACAAUGAUGCUUCACAAUGAGCUGCCGCACGUGAGUGAGUUACUUUUGAACUUGUAUAUUCUGUCAGACCAGCAGACGGAAGAGAACAAGUCGGUUCCAAAAUGUUACAUUCAAAUUAGGAACGAAGGGGUGAGAAGUUCCCUCAUGCAGUGUGAUGCCUGCAAAUUGUGUGGCUCUUAGGUGUGCUUUUGACUAAAUUACUGUAAUUUGUUCCUAAUUUAUAUCUGCAGCCCACAUGCAUUAAAAUUCAAACGGAUUAAGUCCAGCUCUGCAGGGUGUGGUGCAGCUGGGGUUAAUGUGUUGAUGGAAAUGAGCAAAGACAAUGGGAGGAUACCCCUUGAGCUUUAAAUAUGGGAGGAUACAAAACCUACAACCUGCUUUGCCUCACUUCCCAGAUCUCAGCCUGACAACAGCCAAGAAUGGUGCAGGCUCAGUGUCAACUCUAUGUGUCUGUGAAGACAGCUCGCCUUUCAAGCUCUGGAAGAAGCAUUUGAACAAGACUCUGCAGCUAACCUGGCUUUUGGAGGCUGCAGUACCAUGCAUUCCUAUCAAUUGGGGAUUAGCUGCAUGACUGUUGUGCAGUUCAGUGAGUAGUGUGCCAGCUACAUUUCUGUCGUGUGUUGGGGUUCCACUUCACUGCUGUAGUCACCAGUUCUCAGUCUGUGCAUUCUGACGAUGGAGCACUCCAGUGAUCACAUGCUACCUCUAGGCAGUGAAUGGUUAAUCUUUGAGAGUCUGGGACAGUGCUACUGUUUUCUCACAAAGAUUUUGUUCUGAAGUGCUCAGAACUUCAUCAGAUGUUUAAAACUCAGCUCCUUGCUGGGGUUACACUCUCUUCCAACACUAAACUGCCUAAGAGGUUUUGACCUGUGUGGCUGCAGAUAUGCUCUAGAUUAUUGUGCCUUUUUUAUGACCAGGACUAAUUAACAUUGAUGCACAGGUGUCGGUGUGGUCUAUUCAAAUAGUUCUCCAAAUCCCUUUCAGAACCUGCUUCCACUGCCCUUUCUGACAGCAUUUUCUUGAUCACAAAUCAUUGCGUAAAUACAAAAUUCUUUGUUGUAUUGUCUUCUGUCUUUAUCCAUUGAUAAACAAUCCUACUGCCACUACAGCCAGUUUCUUCUUUUCAUGAAAACCUGCAUGAUUUUGAAUACCUCUAUUAAAUCUCCUCUUAACCUUCAGAACAACACCAGGUUCUUAGCCUGUCACUCUCUAUUUCACUCCUGUCCCGGUUGGGUUUUGGAGACGCCACGUCCUGCUAAUGUUGUGAGAGGGGAAGGGGAAGGAUUUGCUUCAAGAGAAAACACCACCCUGGAAGACCCCCUCUUUCAUUUCUGGGUGGAAGCUCUGCUAUAAGUAGCUUAUGUCCCCUAAAUUCCUAUCACUGAAAAUAACCUUUCACUGAAGGAUUUAGACCUUGUUUGCAAAAGGCACUUGGGUGGUAACGAAAAUGUCAAACCUCCAUUAUAUUAUAUCGACUUUUAUAAGCUGUGGAUUGAGUCAUUCCAUGAGUCCAUCCUCUCCCCCCACAAGCACGAUCCACUGGCCAUGCUCACGGUGGGAAGAAGAGGCUUGUAGAGUAAAGCCACUGCAUGGAAAAUGAUGUGGCCAGAAACGGUGAAGGAUUUAAGAUAUAGGCACAGCAAUUAUCUCUUGCACGUGGCUACAAAGGCCAGGUGUGGACAGAAGAGGGGAGACUUUUAGCUCUAGGUCACCUUUCUCAUCCUCACUGCUUUUCCAUCAACCCAUCACUCCCCCAUCCCAACCACCACGCUGUGUUCUCCAGUUGCUUUCUGCAUUUGGGCAAAGGCUUAGAUUGAGCCUUGCUGGAUGGCUCCACCACCGUCCGUGGUAGCGGAAGCCGCAAGACCAGACAUGGAAACUUUAGGAAAGCGAAUGAUGUGCACACAGGACCAGCAGCCAGUGCAGGUGCAAUCAGCAUGUGAGUUGUACCCUGACUGGCUCCUCAUCGAUAGGUCGCUGAAUGUUGAAUGUGCUGGGGUUGACUGGGUGGUGUUACCUGUUGGUGAAUGGCAGUAGAACUGUAGAAUGCACCCAUCAUUUUCUGGCCAGCUUCAGCUUUCCCCUCCAUUCUGAACUCCACAUCGGUACUUCCCUUCGCCUCUCCCAAGUCCCAGUUCCCACAUCUGUGCACGUGUGCGUAUCAGUUACAUUUCAUGCUCAUUGGACACCGAUGCGAUAUAUACAGAUGGGAUUUUUUUCAGGUCAUUUGGCUGGAAAGUAGGGUGGGUGGUUGGGAGGGGUGAGGGUCGUCAUAUACAUGGGUUGUGUUACACUUGAGUAUAUAUGAUAUAAUGCAGACAUGAAGGUUUAUUGUGUUUUAUACUCCUGUGCCCAUAUUCAACAUGUAUGAAUAUCACUGUUGUACCCAACUGGAUUUCCUACCCCUUGUAUUGACACAAUAAAGAUCUGAAUCUUGAGCAUAUAAAAGAGAAUAUGAACGGUGUUUGUCGUGUAAGGGCUGGUAACUGAGUGCCUCUGAAUAGUAGAGAAGUUGAAAUUCUGGUAAAAGGAACAACCCUUUCUCCUUCCAUCCAAAGUAUGUACGUGACAGUCCCAAGAUUUCUUCUAUCCAUUUUUUUCAUUCCCCCACUCCCAACUCUAACUCUCACAGGAAUGUAGGUCCACAAAUAUUGGCCAUUUGCGAGCACCUUACCAACCUGCCUGUGUUUACUUUGUGCAUCUGCCUCGGUGAUGGAUGUCACAGUCAAACAGCCACUCUCCCGGUGCCAUCUCAGUUGGUGCUUUCUCCACAAGGGAUUGCUGGCCAGUGCUCAAGAUCCAGGUGCCUCUAGCUGAUAUUCCCUCUAUGUUCCCUUUAUAUUAUAUAAAUCUCAAUUCAAGACCCAUGGAUGCUUAGUUUAAUUGAAGUUCCUCUUGGUCAUGUGCUUCUAUGCAUCAGUUGUAGCUCAGUCCAUUAGCCAGAAAGUUAUGGGU